AUGUCUAUGCUGCCACCCCCCAAACCACUGCCGAAGCAAGGCGCAGUCGCGCCCAGGCUGGCGAUUCCGCAGACCAACACUCGACCAAAUACUGAUCCGUCGCAGAAGCCCAAGGCCAAGGCCGCCGCCGUCAAGAAGGCGCCGGCGAAGAAACUGACGCAAACCACGCUGAAGACAAAGGCUGUGCCGAAGAAGCGGGCAAAGCCCGAGUCCGACGACGAGGAUGGUGCCUCAACGUUCUCCAACACGCCCCCUAGCGCGAAGAAACUCAAGAAAGCCCCGGCUGCCAAAAAGUCCAGCGGGAACCCUCUCGCGGAAAUCGAGAACGACAGUAUGAUGAUCGACAACGACGACGAGCCCGCUUCGGGACCCAAGUCCAAGAAGACGGCCACCGAUACUUACCAGAAGCUCACCCAGCUUGAACACAUUAUCAAGCGUCCCGAUACCUACAUUGGGUCGGUCGAGCCGACCGAGCAGCCCAUGUGGGUUUUCAACAAGGAGACGAAGCUCAUGGAGUACCGCAAGGUCACGUUCGUCCCUGGUCUGUACAAGAUCUUUGACGAAAUUCUCGUCAACGCCGCCGACAACAAGCAGCGAGAUGCAACUAUGACCUAUAUGAAGAUCUCCGUCGACCGUGAGGCGGGAGAGAUUACCGUUGAGAACAACGGUAAAGGUAUCCCGGUCGAGAUCCACGGCAAAGAGAAGAUUUACAUUCCCGAGAUGAUUUUCGGCCACCUCCUCACUGGUUCCAACUACGAUGACGACGAGAAGAAGACCGUCGGUGGUCGUAACGGUUAUGGUGCAAAGCUUUGCAAUGUCUUCAGCGAGCAGUUCACCCUUGAAUGCCAAGACUCCAACAGCGGCAAGAGAUACAAGCAAGUCUGGACCGACAACAUGAGCAAGUGCGGCAAGGCGAAGAUCACCAGCAGCAAGACUAGCGACUUUGUCCGGGUCACCUUCAAGCCUGACUUCAAACGGUUCAGCAUGACCGGCAUAGAUGAUGAUCUUGAAGCUUUGAUCUACCGUCGCGUCUACGAUAUGGCUGGCACUGUACGCGGCAUCAAGGUGCACAUGAACGGCACCCACAUCAAGCUUGCCUUCAAGGGGUACUGUGAGAUGUAUGCUAAGGCUAUCGCGAAGGAACGCGGUGCCGAGGAGGGCGUCGAGCCCAAGGUUGUAGUCGAGGUUGACAAGACCGACGCUCACCCCAGAUGGGAGAUUGCCUUCACAGUGUCGGACGGCUCGUUCCAGCAAGUGUCGUUUGUCAAUUCCAUUGCUACCACAUCCGGUGGAACACACGUCAACUAUAUUGCCGACCAAAUCACAGGCUCGCUGCUCAAGACCCUUGACAAGAAGAAGAAGGGCCACGCCCUCAAGCAGAACCAUAUUCGGAACCAUAUUUUCAUCUUUGUGAACUGUCUUGUCAACAAUCCCGCCUUCACUUCCCAAACCAAGGAGCAGAUGACCACCAAGGUCAGCCAGUUUGGAAGCAAGUGCUCUUUGACUGAGGAAUUCCUAAAGAAGAUCGCCAAAUCAGACGCCAUCCAGAACAUCAUCGACUUCGCCGAGAAGAAGGCUGACAAGAUGAUGGCCAAGAGCGACGGCAACAAGCGAUCUCGCAUCAGCAACUCGAAACUAGUUGAUGCUAACUUGGCCGGUACCCGCCACGGCCACGAAUGUACUCUCAUUCUCACCGAAGGUGACUCUGCCAAGAGUUUGGCUGUUGCCGGCCGUGCCAUUCUCGACCCCGAUCGCAUCGGAGUCUUCCCCCUUCGUGGUAAGAUGCUGAACGUCCGUGACGCUUCAAUCGACCAGAUCACAAAAAACCAGGAAAUCCAGAACAUCAAGCAGUUCCUUGGUCUGAAGCACAAGCAGACAUACACCGACACGAAGAGUCUGCGGUAUGGUCAUCUGAUGAUCAUGGCCGAUCAGGAUCACGACGGUUCUCACAUCAAGGGUCUCCUCAUCAACUUCCUGCAAGUUCAAUACCCAUCCUUGCUGCAAAUACCCGACUUUUUCCGCGAGUUCAUCACCCCCAUCGUGAAGGUCUGGCAAGGGCCCAACCCGAAGAAGCCGGCUCGCCUUAAGUCGUUCUUCACUCAGCCUCAGUACGAGGAGUGGAAGGAACUCCACAAGAGCGAGCUGUCCAGGUGGCACUACAAGUACUUCAAGGGUCUGGGUACCAGUUCGAACGAAGAUGCCCAAGUCUAUUUCACCAACCUGGAUGACCAUCUCAAGGAGUUUGACACGAUGAAGCCGGAAGAGGUCGAGCUCUUCGACCUGGCUUUCUCCAAGAAGAAGGCGGACGCCAGAAAGGAGUGGCUUGGCAACUUUGUGCCCGGUACAUUCCUCGACCACUCGACCAAGUCCAUCACCUACACGGACUUCGUCAACAGGGAGCUCAUCCUCUUCUCCAUGGCUGACAACAUGCGAUCCAUCCCUUCCGUCGUCGACGGAUUGAAACCUGGUCAGCGCAAGGUCAUGUACGCCUGUUUCAAGAGAAAUCUUGUCAAGGAUCAGAAGGUCGUUGAAUUGGCUGGUUACAUCUCCGAGCAGACGUCCUACCACCACGGUGAAGCCUCUCUUCAGCAGACCAUCAUCGGUCUUGCGCAGAACUUUGUGGGCUCCAACAACAUCAACUGCCUGGAGCCCUCCGGAAACUUCGGUUCUCGUCUUGCCGGUGGUUCGGAUGCCGCCAGUCCUCGUUACAUUCACACGAGACUGUCUCCUUUCGCGAGAAAGAUCUUUUCUGCCCUCGACGAGCCCAACCUGGAGCCUCAGUACGAGGACGGAAAGAGAAUCGAGCCCAAGGUCUACGCGCCGAUCAUUCCCAUGAUUCUCUGCAACGGUGCCGAUGGUAUUGGUACUGGUUGGAGCACUUCCAUCCCCAACUAUCACCCGAUCGACAUCGUCAACAACCUUAAGAGACGCAUGGGCCGCCUCGACGAGUCGACCCCCGAGGAUGCUGCGUUUCAGCCCAUGAUGCCCUGGUUCCGCGGUUGGAAGGGCACCCCUGAGCAGUCCGAGAAGGAUCGUUACAAGUUUAAUGGAAUCUGCGAGCUCGACGAGAGAACCGGUGAAGUCGUCGUUACCGAACUUCCCAUUCGCAUGUGGACCGACGAUUUCAAGGCCAAACUUGAGGAGGUCAUUAGUGGCGUCAAGGGCCCAGUCUGGAUCAAGGACUACAAGGAGUUCAAUGACCACAAGAACGUCCACUUUGUUAUUCAGAUGGAUGACAAGCACUCCAAAGACGUCCUGGCCGAUGGUCUCAUGGAGCGGUUCAAACUCUCCAAGCAGGUUGCCACUUCAAACUUGGUCGCCUUUGACACUCGUGGCCAGAUCCGCAAGUACGAGAAGGUCGAGGAAAUCCUGGAAGAGUUUUACAACUACCGCUUGGACAUGUACGCACAGCGCAAGAAGCACUGGCUUGGCGUAUACCACUCGGACUACAGAAAACUCUCUGAGCAAGCUCGCUUCAUCAGAGAGAUCAUCGACGGCAAGCUCAUUGUGGCCAAGAAGAAGAAGCAGGUUCUCGUUGAAGAGCUUGCUAAACGCAAAUACGAGGCUUUCCCUAAGAACAAGGACAAGAAUGCCAAGAAAAAGUCCACCGACGAGGACAUGGAGGGUAACGACGAGGACGAGGAGGAUAAUGACGAGCAGACUAACGGCUACGACUACCUCCUUUCCAUGCCCAUUUGGUCUCUGACUUACGAGCGUCUUGAGAGACUGCAGAGGCAGAUCGAUAACAAGAAGGCCGAACACGACGCCCUUCUCGCAUUGAGUGAGAAGGAUCUCUGGACCCAAGAUCUCGAUGAAUUCGUGGCCGAGUGGGAGAACCAGAUGGCCCUGGACGCCGAAAUCCAGACCAACAUCCGCAGACUCGGCAGACGUGUGUCAAAGAAGAUUGGUGCUGGCAAAGGCCGCAAGGCUAAGAAGGAUGACGAUGACUACGCGCCUGUAGAGAAGAAGCGUGCCGGCGCCAAGGCUAAGGCUGCUCCAAAGGUAGCAGAGAAGGCAGCCGAAAGAUUUGUCGCCAUGUUUGAGAAAUCGAAGGUCAAGCCCAAGAAAGAAGAGGCCGAGUCCGACGCUUUCUCAGACGACGACUUUGCUGCUCUUGGUCGCAAAGGCACUGCCAAGCCGGCUGCUCCCAGCGAGACCCGCCCGAGAGCGGCGGCAACCAAGAAAAAGCCUAUCUACACAUUGAGCGAGUCCGACGACGACGAGGACUUCGCCGCCCUAGGCAAGAAGAGCACUUCUGUCCCGGUGGAGUCAGCGACCGAGGACAACUCCUCACAGAGUCAGAAACCUGUGGCGGCCAAGAAGCCUUCACCGCGGGUUGAGGAGUUGGACAGUGACGAUGACUUUAAGAACCUGGAAGGCAAGAAGAGUUCUGGGGAGAAGCCCGUGACGAAGCCCGCCCCCAAAGCUGUUGUGAAGCCUGCGGCGGUCGAAACUGCAGCCAAGGAUAGCACUUCUCGUACGCAGCGGGCUACUUCAGCGAAGAAGUUCGUCAUUGACGAAUCUUCUGAGCUGUCUGAUGACCACUUCCAGAGCGUUGAGGAGAAGAGCGAUUCCCCUGAGCCGGCACCCACGAAGCCCUCAGCUAAUGGCAGGGGCCAACGAGCUGCUGCGUCCAAGAAGUCCAAGUAUGUUCUGGAUGACGAGUCCGAGUCAGACAUAAACGACAGCCAGAUUGGUGACAUUGGCGCUCUGGUCCGAGGCAUCGGCGCGCCAAAGGCGGAGACGGAGAAGGGCCGACUUAGUUUGUUCGCCAUGAACCGACCUGACAGACGCGACUCUACUCUGCCCAAGAUGAAGACCAAAGCGUCGAGAAACUUUGAUGACGAUAGCGUCGAUGACACCAACUACGAGAUGCUUGCUCGAUCAUCUCCGCACAAGACUUUCACAAAGGGCGACGACAUCGACAGCUUUCUGAGCGACGACGGUGCCCCGGCUGCCAAGCUCUCUAAAGCAUCAACGUCAAAGGAGGCCAAGGGAGGACCCGCGGCCGCAGCACCUGCCAAGAAGGCUCGUGGCCGUCCUGCGGGAACGAAGAACAAGCCUAAAGACGCUGAAGCGGCACCCAAGCCAAAGCCCAAGGCGAAGGCUGCCCCCAAGCAACCCGCACUGUCUCCCGCAGCCAAGGCAUACGCCGCCAAGAAGGCGACCAAGCGUGUCCUGAGCGAUGACGAGGACGACGAUGUCGAGAUGGAGGAGCCCGAGUCACCGCCUCGCCCGGCUGCAAGAAGCAGGCCUGGACGAGCGGCUGCGGCCAAGGCGAAGGCCAAGCCCACCUAUGUCAUCGACGACGACGACGACGACGACGACAGUGAGAUGGCUGUUGGCGAUCCAGAGAGCGAGGAUCCAUUCGACAUGGAUGAGAGUGAUUGA